AUGUCAAGACAGUGGGAAGAGAUCAGGGCUUCCAAGCGCCAGAGGCUGCUCGAUUCAAUUCCCCAGAAAUGGCUCUUCCCGGCACACAUCAAGCCUCCGAAUUCUCAAUUGAAUGUGCUCGAGUUCCCAGAGAAGUCGGGGUGGUUCACCAACCAGGAGCUUGAAAUCACCAGGUCGUCGGCCACAGACCUCAUGAGAAGGCUGGCGAAGGGGGAAUGGAGCUCGGAAGAAGUUACGCGGGCGUUUUUUAAGAGAGCGCCAGCGGCACACCAGCUGUUCGAGGUCGCCCUCGCGACAGCCAAGUCCCGUGACGAGCACCUCCGGCAAACGGGCCAGCCCAUCGGGCCUUUCCAAGGGCUGCCAGUAUCCAUCAAGGACUGCUUCGACUUUGCCGGCGUCGACUCCAGUAUCGGAUUCACCUCGCGUGUCGGCAAGCCGGCAGAACACAACGCCGCGGUGGUCGACAUUCUGCUUAAUGCCGGUGCCGUGCUGUAUGUGAAGACGAACGUGCCCACGGCCAUGAUGAUGCUCGAAACCGUGAACAAUGUGACGGGGCGGACGCUGAAUCCAUUGAAUCGCACCCUCACGGCCGGCGGGUCGUCCGGAGGUGAGAGUGCCCUCAUCGUUUUCGGUGGCUCACCCCUCGGCGUUGGCGGCGACGUCGCGGGCAGUCUCCGCAUCCCGGCGGCGUGCACAGGCAUCUUCACACUGAAGCCCAGCGCCGGCCGGUUCCCAGCAACGGGGUGCGCAUCAGGACUUCCCGGGCUGGAGACCGUUCAAGCCGUAAUCGGGCCUUUGGCACGGUCGCUGCAAGACUGUCUUUUGUUUUCCGAGGUCGUGGCCGCGGCUGAGCCGUGGAAAUGGGACACCAAGUCUCUACCCUUCCCAUGGCGUGCGGUGGAACAGAAGAAGGAGAAGCUGAAGUUGGGGGUCAUGUGGACCGAUGGCAUCGUCACGCCGACACCGCCCAUCCAAUGCGCCCUCGAACAAACGGUGAAGAAGCUCCGGGCCGCCGGGCAUGAGAUCGUGGAUUGGCAGCCCGAGGGGCAGCACCUGAGCGGCCUGCAGCUGUUUCGUCAAAUGAUCUCUGCCGACGGCGGGAAGAGUCUGAGGAAAGACCUGGAGCCCACUCAAGGGCCAUGUCGCCCCGAGCAGCAGCUGUGGGCGAAUGCCUUGGAGCUGGGUGUAUACGAACUGUGGCAGAUACACCAGGCGCGUGACGAUCUGUGUCAGCAGUACUUGGAUCGUUGGACGACGUCUGGCAUUGACGGGAUUCUGUGUCCGACCACACCGUAUGCGUCCGUCGAACAUGGGGGGUUGAGGUACCUGGGGUAUACCGCCUUUUUCAACGUCCUCGACUACUCAUCCACCAGUUUCCCGUGCGGACUGGCAGCGAACAAAGAUCUGGACCGGGCACCGGCAGAGUACAUUCCCCGAAAUGACUUGGAUGCACAGGUGCAGGACUCUUACAAUGCCGAAGCGGUGGAUGGCAUGCCCUUGAGUCUGCAGAUUGUGGCCCAGAAACUGGAAGACGAAAAGGUUUUCACCAUGGCACAAACGAUCUUGGAGGCGGUGAGCCUUCGAGCCACAAGCUCUAUCUGA